UUCGUGUCGGUCGUCGUCAGUCGAGUUUUAAUCGCUGACCAGUUCGGUCUUCGAAGUUCUUGGUGCUUAGCUUACUCUAGUGUUUGGUUUUUCAUAGAGGAAAGGAUGUCUCUUGUGGACACGUUGAAGGAGCUGUACAAGUUCAGUGCAAUAGACUAUGGCGUGUUUGCGUCGAUGUUGAUCCUGUCGGCAGCGUGUGGGAUCUACUUUGGAUUUUACAAGCGAACCGUAAAUCAAACACCGGAAAGUAGCGAUGACGAGUGCGGUCCCAGCAGGAGCAGUAACACAAGCAAUGGAAAACGGAUAGCCAGCUUCGGAUCGUCUUCGAUGGACGAGUACCUGCUGGGGUCUCGGAAGUUGAAGGCAUUCCCAGUGGCGAUGAGCCUGGUGGCGGGAUAUAUAUCGGGUGUUACGAUCCUGGGGACACCGGCGGAAAUUUACAACUUUGGUACGCAGUAUUGGUUGAUUGUAAUACCGAUCCUACUGAUGGGAGUGGCCGUUUGUACUAUCUACCUGCCGGUGUUCUGCUCUCUGAAGCUGAAUUCGUCCUAUGAGUACCUGGAACUACGAUUCAACUCAUCCGUACGGUCGAUAGCUUCUGUGAUGUUUGUAUUGGACGAGCUGUUUUUCUUGCCAAUGAUAAUCUACGUACCGGCACUGGCAUUCAAUCAAGUCACUGGAUUCAAUCUGUACAUCAUUGGAGCGAUUGUAUGCGUGGUAUGCAUAUUUUACACAUUACUGGGUGGCAUCAAAGCGGUCGUCUUCACCGAUGCCUGGCAGGUGGUAGUGAUGUUCAUCUCAGUUGUCAUCGUGGUUGUCCUGGGCACCAUCACGCUCGGCGAUGCAGACAUUGUCUGGAAGCGAGCGGAAAUUGGAGGCAGAAUUGAUUUCUUCAAUGUGAGCUCAUCGAUGUACGAACGGCAAACUUUCUGGGGUGUCCUGAUCGGAGGUUUCUUCUACUGGACGUCGUUCAACUCCGUCAACCAGACCAUGGUUCAACGGUACAUGUCGCUGCCAAAUUUAAAGAAAGCGAAACUAUCAGUCGGAAUGUUUACAAUCGGAAUGGGAGUGUUCGUAUCCGUUUGCUGCUAUGCCGGUCUGCUGAUCUACGCUCACUACUACCAGUGUGAUCCAACGUCCGUUGGACUAGUCAAAACCGACGAUCAACUGUUUCCCCACUAUGUAAUGGAAAUCGUUGGACACCUUCAGGGAAUCCCUGGCCUGUUUAUUGCUGGUGUCUUCGGUGCUGCUCUCAGUUCCUUAUCUGUGGUGCUUAACUCUACCUCGGCUGUUCUGUUGGAAGACAUCCUGAAAGGAAUGUUCCGUGUUAAUCCUAGUCCUAGGGUAGCCAAUAUCUUUGUUAGGAGUAGUGUGGUGGUACUUGGGCUGGCAGCCAUGGGUUGCCUGUUCAUUAUCGAAAAAUUGGGAGGAAUUUUGAGUGUCGCAACAUCACUGUCUGCCAUCGCUGCUGGCACGACCUGCGGAAUCUUCACCCUUGGAAUGCUGGUGCCAUGGAGUAACUCGAUGGGGGCUCUAUCUGGUGGUAUCGCCGGUGCUCUUUUGUCCGGAUGGGUUUCAUUGGGAGCACAGUAUGCCAGUGCUAAUGGUGAUAUCAGUCCGCAUAAGCUACCAGUCUCGGUGGAUGGCUGCCCAGUGGAUAUGUUCUACAAUAGUACUAUUGUCAAUCCGGUCUAUCCGGAUGAAUCGGGCGUUUUCUUUAUGUACCGUUUAUCAUACCACUGGAUCACACCAAUCGGCGUGCUGACGGUUAUGAUUGUUGGGUCGAUCGUAUCGUUCUUGACGGGGCCGAGGAAUUUGAAGGAUAUCGAUCCAGAACUGAUUUCCCCGGUCAUUCAUCGAUUCCUACCGCAGGAAUCAUUCGGAAACUUUGGAUCCGCAAGCAAGGAGGUUCCUAUUCACAUGAGCGAGGAAAUGCAAUCAACUUAUGGAGUGGAACGAUUGAGUGCCAAAAGGAAGCGAUCUCCAUGAAACGACGGAAGAACGUUCAGCCAAGACAGAAUUCCAGUUACUUAAUGCAUUCACUGUAUGCAAUGAUGGACUUUACUAGAUGAGUAGUACUUCGUUAACCGUAAUCUCCUAGAGAAGAUGCGAGCUGCAAUUGGAAAUUGCGUUAAGAUUUGUACAACAAACACUGGACUGCAAAAAUAGUGUGUUUUGCUCAACAACACUUGGAUUGAGCAGAUGGAUUUCUCAGUUUUAUAUUUAUUACAAUUAGAGUGGCGUCUUAAAAAAAUAAAAUAGCUUGAUUGAAGGAGACAUUUUCUAUGUGAAGGGACGUCAUACUGCAAUUAUAGGUACAACAUUUCUGUAACUGCCUGUGAUACAAUCAAAAGAAUUGUUUAGUUUGUAAGUAGAGUAGCGUUGUAGGUUUUUAACCAAGUAACUUUUAAUCUGUAACGAAUUAGUAGCGUGAAUAAAACAUUUGUAAAAAAUCAUAGCUCUUGAACUUGUGUCGAACCGAAUUCGGUAAAAUUUAUAUCUAUGAAGUCUGAUAUUUCGAGAAGCUCAACAUA